GGAAAAACCCCCUCAGGAACAGGAAAGCAGGAAAGGCCUUUGUCUCCAUCCUCACCAUGGCUUUUCCUUCCUUUCUCUUCCUCAUUCCCCUCUUCCUCCUCCUCUCCAUCCCUUGCUCAGAAUCCAAGCUCUCCACUGACUAUUACAAAAACUCAUGCCCUAACUUGGAAAGCAUCAUUCGAGAAACAGUCACCAACAAGCAGAUCAACAACCCCACCACGGCCGCAGCCACCCUCCGUCUCUUCUUCCACGACUGCAUGGUAGGAGGCUGUGACGCUUCAGUCCUUAUCUCCUCCAAUUCCUUCAACAAGGCCGAACGUGACGCAGACAUCAACCUGUCUCUUCCAGGGGAUGCUUUUGAUGUGAUCGUCCGUGCAAAGACAGCUAUCGAGCUCUCUUGCCCUGGCAUUGUCUCAUGCGCUGACAUCCUCGCCCUUGCCACACGCAACUUCAUCAACAUGGUUGGUGGACCCUUGUACACCGUUAGGCUUGGCCGCAAAGACAGCCUGCUGUCUAAGAUCUCCAGCGUCGAAGGCAACCUCCCGAGAGCUAACACGACCGUGGAUGAAAUCAUCAGGCUGUUUGAAUCCAAGAAAUUCACAGUUCAAGAGAUGGUUGCCCUUAAUGGUGCGCACACCAUUGGGUUCUCUCACUGCAAAGAGUUUGCAUACAGGCUUUACAACUACAAAAAAAAUACCCCAACUGACCCUGGUUAUCAUCCAAAGUAUGCUGCGGCUCUAAAGAAAGUGUGUGAAAAUUAUACCAAGGAUACUGCAAUGUCAGCUUUCAAUGACGCCAUGACUCCCUCAAAGUUUGAUAACAUGUAUUACCAGAACUUACUGAGGGGGCUGGGGCUGUUGGAAUCAGAUAAUGCGCUACUAAAAGACCCCAGGACGAGGCCUUUUGUGCAAUUGUAUGCUACAAACCAGACUGCAUUUUUCAAUGAUUUUGCUCGAGCAAUGGAGAAGCUCAGCAGGUAUGGGAUUAAGACUGGGAGGAAAGGAGAGGUGAGGCGCAAAUGUGAUGCUUUUAACUCUAUUCAGACAUAGAGUUUUUUAAUAUAGCUUUUUUUUUUUUAUUGGUGAUGGCCAUGGAUGUGAGCAUAAAAGGAAGAGAUUGUAUUGUAUUUUUAUUAUUAUUUUCUCUUUUAUGAAAUGAUUUAUAUAUGUGAGGAUGGAUGACUUUUCAAUAAUGUUGCAAACUAACUAUUGAUAGGGAUGAUGAUUUGUAUGACUACAAA